AUGGCUGAUGUGAUGGCACGGCCGCCGAGGGAGAGGGACCAGGGGCUCGUGUCGCCGUGGGUGCUGGUGCGGUUUGGGGUGCUGGGGGCGUAUAUCGGUGCUGCGACCGUUGGGGUGUUUUCCGUGUGGUUUUUGAAUGGGGAGGUGGUGGGAGGGGGUGGUGGAGGGGUGGAGAUGGGGUUGGGGGUGGUGGAGGAGAGUGUGGUGGGGACGGGGAUGGGGGGCGGAAAUGGAGGGUGGUUUGCACCGUUUGGGUUGGACAAGGAUGGGCAUUCGGCUGUGACGUGGGAGCAGCUGUCUCACUCCCGAACCUGCUCUGUCUGGUCCGUGCCUGCUGCUACUCUGACCGCCCCUCCUCUGGUAGACCCACCAGCAACCGCAGCAGCAGCAGUAGGAGCAGGAGUAGGCUCACCCGCACCUGCCCCGGCACCAGAAUCUCCCUUCAACCCGCAUCUCUCCUACACAGUAGCAGGAGGCGGCGUCGUCUCCUUCCCAACCCCAUGCGACUACUUCACGAGCGGCACCACCAAGCCAUCGACCCUCGCACUCACCACGCUCGUCACCAUCGAGAUGCUGCUCGCCCUCAGCUCCGUCUCUGAGUACCGCAGUUUACUGCAAUCUCCACCGUGGAUCAACAAGUGGCUCAUCCUGGCCGUUGGUGCGUCCAUGGGGCUCCACGUGGCGCUGCUGUACUCGCCGCUGGCGGGCGUGUUUGAGGUGGUGCCGCUGACGUGGCAGGAGUGGGCGCUGGUGGUGGUGUUCUCGCUGCCCGUGCUGCUCGUGGAUGAGGGCCUCAGGCUGUGGCUCCCGAGUGUCCUCUCCGCUGGUGGUGGUGCUGUUCUCACUGCCCGUGCUGCUCGUAGAUGA